CCGAGCACAAGAUGUCGAUCGAGGAGGUCUGCAGGAAAUACAACACCGACUGCGUCCAGGGUCUGACCCACAGCAAGGCCCAGGAGAUCCUGGCCCGGGACGGUCCCAACGCGCUGACGCCCCCUCCCACCACCCCCGAGUGGGUCAAGUUCUGCCGGCAGCUCUUCGGGGGCUUCUCCAUCCUGCUCUGGAUCGGCGCCAUCCUCUGCUUCCUGGCCUACGGCAUCCAGGCGGGAACCGAGGACGAACCUUCCAACGACAACCUGUACCUGGGCAUCGUUUUGGCCGCCGUCGUCAUCAUCACCGGCUGCUUCUCCUACUACCAGGAGGCCAAGAGCUCCAAAAUCAUGGAAUCCUUCAAAAAUAUGGUGCCCCAGGUGGGAUUCGGGAAAUUCGGGAAUUUUGGGGAA